AUGUAUCUUACAGAGAGGAACCAAAACUUCGGUGCGCGAUGUGCCAAGUGUUGUCGAAGCAUCGGGGCGGCAGACUGGGUCCGGAGAGCUAGAGACCGCGUCUACCACCUCGCCUGCUUCGCCUGCGACGCCUGCAAGCGACAACUGAGCACCGGGGAGGAGUUCGCCCUACACGACAACCGCGUCCUCUGUAAGCAGCACUACCUCGAGUCCAUCGAGGGCGGCGCCUCCAGCAACGACGAGAGUGACGGGAGUGGGAAAGCCAAGAGCAAGCGGGUACGCACCACGUUCUCGGACGAGCAGCUACAAGUGUUGCAGGCGAACUUCCAGAUAGACUCGAACCCUGACGGCCAGGACCUGGAGAGGAUCGCCCAGAUCACCGGUCUCAGUAAACGGGUGACGCAAGUGUGGUUCCAGAACAACCGCGCGCGCCAGAAGAAAUAUAUGACCCAGGGUAAGAGGCACAGCGCCCCGCCUCCCACGCCUGUAGGCGCAGCCGGCUACUCCCUGGAGCGGGCACCUUCCCGGCUCUCAGACUAUGGCGACAUGUCUUCCUCCUCAUCCUCGCCCCUCGACUCCCCCCUCUCCCAGAUUCUCUACAGCUUCGGAUGAUUGUCGGCCCACGCCCACACUUACGCCCACAUCCACCAGCAUCAGAGCGGCCUAGGAGACGAGGGCGCCGCGGACCACCAGCCCUCAAGGGCGCCAGAAUCCCAUCGCCUCGCCCUCAACAACUCUUCCGCCUCCUCCGAGGCCGCUAUCCUGGGCAUGGGCGCGGGCUUUGGCAUGGCAGUCCUCCGAGGCGACGGGGGAGGAGGAUAUCAGGAUGUGUACGAGGGUCCUGUGUCGCUGCGACGGGAGGAUACAUACCUGAAGCACAGCCAGGAUUACAAGAGUCAGGAUUACAAGAGCCACCAGGACUUCAAGAGCCAGGAUUACAAGAGCCAGGACUUCAAGAGCCAGGAGAACGGGGGCUCUUGAGAGACCACCAUCUUCGCUGCAUGUGAUUGGAAAUAAUAUACAUAUACCAAAACGUAAACCAGGUCUAUCAGGCAUCCCAUUAACCUGCAUAGACACUCGACAUUACUGAUGGUAUACAAGGCUACCAAAACAAUACUUGUGAACUGCUAGCUUGUAGAAUGAAUCACUUAUAACGUAGAAGAAACAAGUGCGGCGCUCUCACUGUGUUAUCCCUGUGUUAUCACUGUGUUAUCAGGUGAGUAGAAAAUAUGGUUCACUCAACAGGUAAACAAGAGAAUUAUUAAGAGCGUCAGUCGCAAAGUGCAGUGAACAGUGACUUGCCGGCGUCGGUUAAAUGGACCACAGUGCUCUAUAGUGUCGACUCUCGUGUCUAAUAGAGGGACCACAAGCUCUGUAGCGUCGACUCUCGUGUCUAAUAGAUGGACCACAAGCUCUAUAGUGUCGACUCUAGUGUCUAAUAGAUGGACCACAAGCUCUAUAGCGUCGACUCUAGUGUCUAAUAGAGGGACCACAAGCUCUAUAGCGUCGACUCUAGUGUCUAAUAGAGGGACCACAAGCUCUGUAGCGUCGACUCUAAUGUCUACUCACUAAAACCUUCAAUUAAUCAAUUUUUUAGCUGUAAACAGCUAGGCGGGCAGUCGACAUAUGAAAUCUUUUAAGACAAGGAGGAUAAGAUGGUUUUGAUUUACAUAUUUAGAUAAAAGAUAUCCCUCCCUCUCCCCUUCUCUCUCUCUCUCUCUCUCUCUCUCUCUCUCUCUCUCUCUCUCUCUCUCUCUCCUCUCUAAGUCUCGGGAAAUCCAGUCUCUCCAAAAUGAGCAACCUUUGGACACCUUUGCUUUUUUUAUCCAAAAUUUGCCAAAGAAAAAAGAGAAAAAACGAAUGAAGAUAUUAUUUGAAUUGCAAAUUCUUCUUUCGCGAAAUCUGCAUGUGUAAUGAAUGACUUGCUGGCCUGG